GUACUACUAAAGUCAUUUGACGAUCGAUCGCUGAAAUAAUAUAGUCAAAAAGUAACAAACAUUUUUUUCAGUUCAGGUUCAGAUUGUCAUUGAUUGUCUUGUCGUAUUAUUACGCUUCCGUUUAUUGAGCGGCAAUUGUCUGAUAAUUUUUGCUACGAGUGAUCGAAUAUUUCGUUAAAAAUGCCAAGCUACAAGUUGACUUAUUUUCCGGUGAAGGCACUAGCCGAGCCCAUCCGCUUUAUCUUGAGCUAUGGGGGUGUGGAGUUUGAAGAUGAUCGUUUCGACAGGAAUGAUUGGCCAAAAAUUAAGCCCACCAUGCCCUUUGGUCAAGUACCAGUACUUGAAAUUGACGGUAAAAAGGUAAACCAAUCCACGGCUAUUUGCCGUUACCUGGCUAAGCAACACGGCCUUGCUGGUAAAGAUGAUUGGGAAAAUCUUGAAAUCGAUGUGGCCGUUGAUAAUAUUCAUGAUCUUCGCGCUAAAAUCGGUGCCUGGCAUUAUGAGUCACAUCCAGAAGCUAAGGAAGCAAAGUAUGAGCCAUUGAUGAAAGAAAUUCUUCCAUUCCAAUUGGAUCGUUUGGACGAACAAGUCAAGAAAAAUGGAGGAUACAUGGUCGGUGGUAAAUUGACAUGGGCUGACUUGGUGUUUGUUGGUUUGUUGGAUUACUUGAACUUCAUGGCGAAAUUUGACAUCACUGAAAAACACGAGAACUUGAAGGCUCUAAAAGAAAAAGUCCUUGCUCUGCCGAAGAUCAAGGCUUGGGUUGAAAAACGUCCUCAGUCUGAAUUUGCAGAAAAAUCGCAGCCUAAAUUCAAGUUAACUUAUUUUCCAUCGAAGGCAUUAGCCGAGCCCAUUCGUUUUAUCUUCAGCUAUGCGGGUGUGGAGUUUGAAGAUGAUCGAUUUGAACGAGACAAUUGGCCGAAAAUUAAACCCACAAUGCCGUAUGGUCAAGUGCCAGUACUUGAAGUUGAUGGUAAAAAAAUAAAUCAAUCUGUGGCAAUUUGUCGGUAUUUAGCAAAACAAUACGGACUUGCGGGUAAAGAUGAUUGGCAGAACCUCGAAAUAGACGCGACUGUCGAAACCAUACACGAUAUUCGUGCAAAGAUAGCUGCUUAUCAUUAUGAAACACAUCUUGAAGCUAAAGAAGCAAGAUAUGAACCAUUAGUUACUGAAAUUCUUCCGUUCUACUUGUCACGUUUGGAUUCCCAAGUAAAAAACAAUGGCGGAUACAUGAUAGAUGGAAAACUUACAUGGGCUGAUUUGAUUAAUUUGUCAUUAAAAAUGCCGACUUACAAGCUUUGGUAUUUUAACAUUACCGGUUUGGGUGAACCUAUUCGCUAUAUACUGAGUUACAACAACGUUCCGUUUGAAGACAAACGUUUGAGUUUUGAAGAAUGGCCUAAAUAUAAAGAUCAAAUGCCUCAAGGCCAAAUGCCGGUUCUUGAGAUCGAUGGGAAAAUGUAUAAUCAAUCUAAAGCAAUAAUGCGGUUCCUGGCUAAAAAAUUCGGUCUUUAUGGGUCGGAUGAUCAAGAAGCAUGGGAAAUUGAUGCUACUGCUGAUGCUAUUGACGAUAUGAGAGUUCCUCUAUCGACUUACCACUGGGAAAAAAAUGAAGAAUUCAAGGCAACACUUAAGAAACCUGCAUUUGAAAAAAAGGAUAUGCUGCUCGCUAAAUUUGAAAAUCAAGUAAAAAAGAAUGGAGGAUUCUUUGUCAAUAAUAAGAUGUCUUGGGCGGAUUUACUUUAUGCAGGUUAUACUGAGUAUUUGUCUAAUGUACUUGGUCACGAUUUAAACAAGGAUCAUCCAGAACUUAAGAAACUUGUGGACAAAAUUCGUGCUCAUCCUAGCAUCAAGGCUUACUUGGAUAAACGUCCGAAAGUUCAGCUAUAAAAUACUAAAUCGUGCCAAGCGGUGUUCAGAUAUUUUCCACAUUAAACUUUUUUAUAUGCACUAUAUAAUCAAUAUGUCUUUGAAAUAAUAAUUACUAAUUUGCAUACGA